GUUUGGUCGCGUCGGUCGAAGGAGUCGGUUGUUCGUUUUCGUGCGCUCAAGUAACGGUAAGCGCGAAUGCCUUCGCCAGUUCUACUGUUAUUUUACCUCGGGACGGCUAUGCGUCCCUGCGUCCCUGCGCUUUCCUGUCUCUGUGUAUGUGUGGGAGACAAACAAAUAGCAAAACGAGAAGGAAAACCAUAGAGAGGAAUUCCGCAAAAAGGGGGGUGGCGAACAUCCUGUUUUUCUGCGCCCGCUGCCAGAGUAACCACCCCCUCUCAGGGACGACAACAACAAAGUGGACUUAAGCGAAAAACGAAAAUAAAUAUACGUACGAACCUAUAACUGCGCCAUUUGUACUUCGCAACAACAAAUGAAAAUAUAUAACUAUAAAAUUGUGUGUAUGUGUGUGACGGACGGAGAGAACAAAAUCAACAUAAAAAACUGUUGUGGAGAAGAUUAUUUAUAAAAAGCUUCGUCCGUAAAAAUAAGCCAAUCGAAGGAUGCAAUAUUAAAUGGCAGGCAAAGUGAAGUAGUGCAAAUUUAAAAGAAGACAAUAAAAAGGCAACAACAUUUAAUUGGACUCUAAAGCUACAACUUCAAAACUGUUUAAGGAUGCCUAAUACACUUUUGUAAUCCGCAAUCAAACCAUUAAAACAUGCUGCAAAAUCGGUUGGGAAUUAUAUGAAUUCUUCCCAUUUCUGGAUUGCAUCAUUCGUCGAGGGCGUGGUCUAGCAUUAAAUGUAAUGUACAGCUGUCAAGCAGGUCCUUUCAUCAUUCACACAUCAUCAUCAUCAUCAGAGCCAUUAUCUCCAGGCCCAAUAACACAAUGUCCACAACAGCAGCUGGACUAAAGUCGGGACCCAAAGGAGCCUACGGCGUCAGGUCGGAGACGGAUCACAUCAUAACCAUAAGCACUGCCGGCUUGACGGAGUCGCACAGCGAAAGUCCCGCAAAGGGAGUAGUGACUCCAGUACGGAAGCCCCAUUCCCUGGGAAGUGAAGAUUCCCCAGAAAAUAUAAUUCCGGGUGAACAGGCUGAGACAAAUAAAAAACCCCUGCACUUGUGCCGGCUCUCGCAGCUGGUGAGCUACCAGAGUAACAUCGCUGAUGUCCAGCACCGGAAGGGUAGACGACUACACGGAUUACAGCUGCCACUGCAUCCCCUCCAAAUUUUUGGUUGGCUCGUCCUCCUCCUGUUUGGAGUGGCUAGCUACUGGGUGCUCAUUCCGGCCUUUCAUGCCCGCAUACAAGGACCGCUCUACGGACUAAUCACCGGGCUCUAUCUGGUGCACAUCGCCUCUCAUUUGACGGCUUUACUGACAGAUCCUGCGGACAAGGAGUUGCGGCGAGUGCAUCGCAACGAUCGGAUUGUCCCAGAAUUUGACCGGUCGAAGCACAGUCACGUAAUAGAAAACGGGAGGUGCCAUCUGUGCAACAUCCGGACCUCUUCGAACCGCACCAAGCACUGUUCCGUGUGCAACAAGUGCGUGGGCAAGUUUGAUCACCACUGCAAGUGGCUGAACCACUGCAUCGGAUCGCGUAACUAUGUGGCCUUCCUGAUGUGCGUGGUCAGCGCUGUGGUGGCCACCCUGGUCAUCGUGGCCGCGGUGGUGGCCCAGAUCGUUUUUUACUAUAUCCAACCAGACUGGUUAAGCUUCUACUGGUGCCCCACGGAGUCGAGCCACACAAUUGAAAGCGGCGACUUCAUAAACAUCACCCUAAGCCUGAGCAACGGCACCAUGAUGCUGAUAGAGCAGCACACUUCGGAGGAGGACGUUCAUCAGGAAAUGUGGGACGAGGAGCAGGCAAAUAUGACCAUCUCGACACUGCCCACCCUUCUGGAGAAUUUUACAGCUAUUAUAGAAGCAAGCGCAACGCGGCCUGGAAUUAGCCCCACGAAUCACACCGAAACGCAGCCAGUAGUGACCGGAAUUGGAUUAAAUGAAACCAUUUUCAUGUUUCUGCUGGGAGUUCUGGGACUGCUCGCCGCAGUGAGUGCGGGUUUGUUGCUCCACCUAUGCUUCUUUCACAUCUACAUCUCGUUCCUGGGACUGACCACCUAUGAAUACAUUAGAAACCACCGUCAGGCUCAGGAUGCCAAGACCAAGCAGCUUCUGGAGGGAGCUCCCGGCGUGCGGGCGCCCAAAAAUGGCAACGUGCACUUCUCGGCUUCAUUGCCCGAGCCACAUAAUCCGUCCAAGUCCUUGCCAGGAGGUCAGCAGCUCUACUGCUGUUCCAGUGCCCCACAUCCAAGCCAGCACUCACAGGAAUCGGUUGGUCAAACAGAGCAAUCCCUGCGGUUGCAUUGCUGUGCCAGCUCCAGGGAGUUCCACCAGAGCGGGCAGGCCAUCUAUGUUUGCUCGCUUCUGGAGGAGGCAGUUCCGCAAAUCCAAGUUGAACCGGAUACUCUGAGUAGCUUCCAUUGUUGCUCUAGCUUUGCAGCUAGUUCCCUGCAGCGCAGGGUGAGUUUGGCUAAAGGAUCGUUGAUCUCAGCCGAGCCACGUCAUCUGAGACCAGCGACUUAUCUGCAGUACACCGAGCAAUGUACUCUCUGCACAUUCCGCCUAAGAAGAGGAUCAGGACCAGGGACAGGAUCUUCAGGAGCUGUAAGCAGCGCCGGUGGAAGCAGUAGCACUCGCACAUUAACCAGUCAAACUGGCGGCUCCUCCGCUUCGGCCACAGCAGCCGGGAAUAUUUCCAAGCAUCAGCGGUGGCGAAGGAAAUGGAAUUGCUGUGCCGCGGUUCCAGAUAGCCCCGACUUGCCUAAUGACCUUCUUGCUGCCCUAACGUUUCGCGAAAGCGAGGAAGCAGCAGCGGCAGCCAAGUUAAACGCCCAGGAACUGCCUAUCCAAUUCAUACGCACGCUAAACGGCGGCUUGGACCAGGAGCUGCCUCUGAAGGCAACAACAGCCACUCCUACGCCACCUAGAAGUUCCCGUCUCCGCUACAUGCUGCGCCUACUGGGACGCUAUCGAAGACCACGCUGUCGCCAUGGGGCCCAUCAUGGUAUCGCUGCCAAAGAGCACCAGAAUAUCGGUGGCUCUGCAAUAAAACAAAAUCAAAUACGUCCGCUGCAAUUGCAGGCAGCUGGACGUGGCUAUGCUAAUUCGACUGCCACUCCAACCCCGCCCGCAAGUUCGCCAAGCAGAAGUUCCUUGGAGAGCAGCGACCUGAGCACCAGCACGAGCCCUUCGUGCGGCAAAAAGGAGCUGAUGCUGCUGCCCACAUCCGUGAUAAGGGAUGACAGCGUGACCACCUAUACGCUGACCUUGCCGCCUGCUCUGCCACCGCCUACGAGGAGAAAAAUGAACCAGACCACCCAAGAGCUGGCGGAGUUGGCUGAAACCUUGGGGUUCGCCAGCAAUUUGCAGCACAGUCAGCAUAACAGCCAGACCAACAGCCGAACGUUGCCCAGUUUCGGGAAUGUCUAUCGCCGACAGAGGCGGAAGCACUUCUUGCGGACACGAUCUCCCACACUAUCGCCCAUCCACGAGUCCGGCCUGUCAAAUCCAACCUCGCCCCAGCCCCUGAGGCACCACCACCAGAAUCUAGCCAACUCGAACUCCAAUCCGGCCAAAGCCAUGUCCUCGCCUAUGCUUAAUCGCAACUCAGGAUCUGCGAACUCCUCGGCACUUCUAGUCCAGAAUCUGUGCAGCUUGGCAGGGGAAACGCUGAGGAAUUCCGCAUCCAACAGUUCCCUGCAGAGUCUCAGCUCCAAUUCGAGCAGCACCUAGAUGAGUGUCUGUUUCUCUUUAGUCCUUAGGUUAGCUUUAACCUUAGCCAUAGUCCCCGCGACCCGCAACCGAAGCAGUUCUGUUGAAGUUUCGGAAAUCAAUUAAUUCGCACAUAAGCGUGGAAAGUCAUAACUAAAAUCAAUUACGCACGAGGAGGAGUGGGAGUGGAUUGGGAGGUUAACUGUCGGGGCCUGGAAAGGAAAUUGCCUUUGAUGCGAUGCGGUUUCAUUGCCAAACUUAAUUACCGCUUUUGGUCGAAGUUCCAUUGUCUGAGUUUUUGGAUUGCAUAUUUGGUUUAUGAAGAGUCUGAUGUGGAUUUAUUGCAGAGACGGAAUUUUGUGUCCUCUUUCACGUUUGCUACGUUAUUAGUUUUACUGCUAAUUUUAAUAGGUGGCAAUCAACGGCUUUAUUUAUAUUGUUUAAUUGUAAUCUCUUAUUUAAAGAUAGUAUUUUAAGAAAGUCAAUCACAAUUGCUCCCAACUCAAAUUAUUUUAUAGCAUAUAAGAAAGUAUAAAAAAAACCCGCGUUGCUGACGACCAGCGGAAUUUCGAAAUAGAAUCUUAUAUUUCUCUUUUCUAACUUAAUCAUCAAAAGAUGAAAUUUUGAGUCCCCAAAUGCAUCGAGCUGCUUUCUUCCAAACUAAACAUGUAUUUACCAACCUUUGAAUGACUUCGCAGUUGAGUUGAUAAAAUAUGCAACAGAAUGUACUCAAGAGUUCGAGCUGGGUGACUACUCAUUUUUCCGCACCCACCCCUUUGCUAGUAUUGAUUUUCAUUUUGGAAAGCGUGCAAGCAAAGGCGUCGGUUUAUUACGUAUUGUAUCUGCAGCUGAAGCUUCGGUUGUAUCUGAAUCCGUUUCAUCAUCCCACAACCAAAGAGAAGGAAAUUCAGCAUGUUGCCAAAUUGUUACGCAAAUGUUUUGAUUCGAUCUCAAUUCCCAUAAAAAACAUGACGAUGGCAAUUGUCUUGGGUUCUAAACUUGAUUUUGACGACUGUCCCUCGGCCCAUUAAAUAUUCCAAAACUGAAUAAUUAAAGCGACGCAAGUCGGGAAAAUGGGAAAUGGAACCGCGUCAAAAGCGUCAUUGGAUGAGUGCAUGUGCUCAUCCUCCUCAGUUGUCAGUCGGACUGCUACCAGGGCUUAAAGGCAAUGUUAUAAUAGGAUAGACAAGGAUAGACAGCCGUACCGACUACGCACAUGACACUCCGGGAUUCAGGUGGUGCUCCUGCUUUUUAUUGCCCCAGACAGUCGGUGGUUCAUGUUAUUGAAACUGACAGCGGGGAAAGUCCAUUUUUAACCGGCUGGAGUUGAGCAGGUGGGAGUGGCAGUGGUGUCAGAUAGAUGGAUUGGUAGAGAAAGAAUCGCUUUGUGUUUGGGACGUUCCCGUUGAGUUCGAGGUUGAGCUUUAGUGCUCUCAGUUCCGACUAGUGACCAUUCUGAAUCAAUAUGUUACCCUCAAUACAAACUUUCAAUUUGUGUUCUUCAAGAAAAGAUUCUUUCAGAUUCGUUUUGAACAUUUUUUGGAAACAAUUUAUUUUCAAUCACGAAUUGUCUACUCAGAAUACCCAUUCAUUCUACGCUUACUUUAAUUUUGGUGAACUUUUUUAAACUGGCAAACGGUGCUGUGGCCUUUCAAUAUACUGAUGUUAUAGUAGUAAACCGAAUUUGUUCCGCUAUCCAAGACGCUCCUCAUAGCUUUGUUUCCAAUUAACAAGUUUUAGUUGAGUCCGCCUGUCGGCGGAUUGUAUGCAACUUGCCUUGCAAAUGUUGCUGCCUCGCGAAGGACCCCUUUCAUGGAUUCGGGAAAUGAUGGUUAGAAUAGUGUCAUUGAGCCCGUAUCCAAAAGAGGACUUGACUCCCAGCUGACAUGCAUUUUUGCAGGUGGCUUCGGGUCGAGCUCAGUUCGUUUCCAGUGACAAGAGACAGACGCCUGGUAAAUGACUCAAAAUAACAUAAUGCAGCGACUGUAAAUGGAUUUUCAAUGCGCACUGUGCUGCACAGACGGUUGGAGCAACAAUUUUCCUGCCGUUCCCAUUUCCACCGUUUAUUUCCGCAAGCAUAACUCGCUGCAUACUUUUUAGGGCGCUCUGUGGCUGUGUGUGUGGGUGUGUUUUCUUUUGGGAUGACGUGGGUGUGCUGAUGUCCGUCUGAAAAUGUUUAAUUUGAUAGCACUUGGCGUUACCAAUCGAAACUGCUUUAAAGGGUAUAUACAGGUGAAAUGGCGCGACGUAGCGGAUAUUUAUUUUUAUAAAAAUAUAUUCGACUUUAAUUGCAUGUUCGUGUCAUGUCGCCAGCUCUUGGCUAUUGGACACGCCCCCCAAAGGUGGGGGCGUAGAGCGGACUGCCAGGCAACACCCUCGAACUUUUAGCUUGACUCCCGGUGGUGAAGUUUGUUUACGAGGCAUAAAGCAGAAAUAUUCAGAUUCUCGUCAAAUUUGGGUGGGGGGGUGGUGGGGUCUGCUCCCACUUGACUGACUUUCCCUAUGGCAACAAAUGCAAUACUCUUGCUGCCUUUGUUGUAGUUGUCGUCCUGGUGAUUGCCGUGCAUCAAUUAUAAAACAUUUUCUGCCCUCUGUCGCUAUGCUUUUUUGACAUGCAAGCCGAAACUGUUCUUCAUUUUUGGCAUACAGAAAGAGAAGCACUGGAAUUUAAAUUGGUCCUAAUUGAUAUCCAAUUUGGUGUUAUACCUAAUGAUUUUCUGUCUUUGUAUAUGGCACUUUCUACUAUGAUUAUUCUGCACAUAAUUGUAAAGCUAAAUAUCUUUGUAUAUUGCAUUACUACCACAAACUUCGAGAUGCAUUUAUUCAAGUGUAAAAGCAACACCUUCCUUGAAAAGUCGUAUUCUUCUUUCUCGGUUUGCCUGUAGGAUAAACGACUCAUGAUUGAUUGGGCCAGAAUUGGGUGCGAAGGCGCACCAGUGGAGACAGUUGCCCCUGCUCCAACCGUUCCUUCCCUUCUCCGAGCUGUUAUUAGCAUUGGUAGUUAGGUUAGCUCCAACUCCCAGUCCACUUGGGCCAACAUACUCCUUUUGUUUCGCCUUGUGCCCUGCAAUGACAUUUUCAGUUGCUUUGCUUUUCCCUUUUGGCUGGUUCAACGAACUUCUGGCUCUCGGCUCCUUUGUUGAAUUAUCAGCCAGGUGGAACGUACAGGACAUGCUGACUUAGGUGAAUCCGACCGCUCUGCCCGUCUAAUAUGCCUUUCAAUUUAGUUAAUGACUCUUUGUAUCACUUCUGGGUAGUUUUAUCUGUAUCGUAAGCUUAAACAAAUUAUCAAUGAAAACGGAAAAACAGAAGAAUAAGAAAAGUUUAUGAGACUGGAGUCGGGUAAAGAAUGUACGAAAACAAAUUAAAGAUUGAAAAGUAAACAAUAAUUAUAAUAAUUUAGCCAGGCCAAUUAAGUGUGAAAAAUAAAAGCACGAUUAUAAAAAAAAACCUAUAUAUAUUUUGAUAAAAUGUGAAUAAACAGAUUCUAACAGGAGACAAAUUUAAUUGAAGAAAUGCGAAAAUUUGUAUGAGUUCGCAUAACGAGAAACGAAUGUAUGAGAAGAUUAUAGCCCCAGAAAGUAUGCUAUGAAUCGAUGUGAAGACAUUUUGACAUUUAAAGACUAUGCUUUGUACCAUAAACAAAAAAUAAAAAUUGUUCAAUGAAAAAUAAAAUAAUGUUGGCUUAGUUUGUUAGUUUCUUAUGUGCGCCGCCCCAUAGCAAUUAAGUGACUUGUAAAUCGCUCCCAAGAAAACUUAAAUCGUGAAAUGUGCGCUUAGCAAAAAGAGCACACAGAAAAGUGGAAUAAAAACGAUAGACAACAAACAGAGUGUUGCAACAACAAGGUGUCUAU